GUCCGAGUCGUUGACUCUGCUGGAGGAGCAGUACGAGGCCCUGGAGAACAUCUUUGAGCAGCACACGAGACAGGUCGGCAACCUGCUCCGGCAGCACAAGGCGAGCCUGGCGCAGCACCGGCAGGCCCUGGACCAGCAGCUCGCGGGGAGGGCGCCGCCGCCGGGGCCGGGCCCGGGCGCGCACGCGCUCCCCGGAGCGCUAGGCUGGCCGCCGCAGGACUGGAAGACAGACUCGGACAUGGACAGCGAUGGCGACUCGGUCGGGGAGUCGGCCGGCUGCAUGGCGGCGUGCUGCGUUGUGCCCGGCCUCGAGGGCGUCCUGCCCACCGAGGAGCUCGGCAGGGACCUGCUGAACAACGGCGACAUCUACAUGGCCACCCGCAAGGAGACCAGCGCCGAGCCGGGGAGCUUGCAGGAAAAGGCCCUCAAGGUGGUAUCUCACAGAAUGUGGCCGUUCGUCACUUCAGCGGUCAUCCUGUUGCAGACAUGGGUGCUCGGUAUCCUAGUGAACCGAGAGAUCCAUAUUCUUCUCGGUGACAAACCCAACGACCCGGCCAUCAAG